UGGCGGUGGCGGUGGCGGUGCCAGCGGUAGCGGUAACGGCACCAGCGGUGGCAGCGGCAGCGGUAACGGUGUCAGCGGUGGCAGUGGCAGUGGCAGCGGCGGUCAACGUAUCGUCAAGGAAGGAUGGCUCCAAAAACGCGGGGAGCACAUAAAAAAUUGGAGAUCGAGGUAUUUUGUCUUGAGGGAUGAUGGUACGCUGGUCGGGUUCAAGGUGAAGCCUGACCCACAGAUGGCUGCCCAAACAUCUACCCAGCCGUUAAAUAACUUCACAGUGCGUGGGUGCCAAAUAAUGUCAGUGGACAGACCUAAACCCUAUACAUUUGUUAUCAGAGGCCUCCAGUGGACGACUGUAAUCGAAAGGACGUUUCAUGUGGAAACGGAGCAAGAAAGGGAAGACUGGGUAGCAGCAAUCAGAUAUGUAGCAGAUAGGUUAGCAAAUGAAGAACAGCAGCAAGAACAACCACAAAUGCAGCAAUCCUCUUCCUCGGAGGACGUUGAUAUGGAAUCGUCAGUGGGUGCUAGAUCUGACUCUUGUAGUUCCUUAGGUGUUGUAUCUACUGAUAUAGACGGUGGUAGUAUCGAUGAAUUGUCAGCGAAAUUCAGUGUCCAAGGAACUUCAAGUAGUAAAAGUACUGGCAAAAAGAAAGUAGUAAGUUAUUGAACCUUAUUUCUGAUUAUUUGGAUAAAUUAUCUUAUC